GAGUCGGCAUAUUAUCUGUCACUACAUAGACUCUCAUUGUCGGUGUUACUGUUCUUGCAGUAGUGCAGCUAAGAACAGCCCAUCGAGUAGCGUGCAAGAGCUGCAGCGGAAAUGUCACCCUGAUUGAGUUGGUUGAGCAGGUAAUCUGCAGUCAUCAUGGCGCAGGUAUGGUAGAACGCAAUUCUGGGCUUUCAAUCCACGAAGAGUCCAAGGCGGGGUCAAGGGAAUUCCGUUGCACAAGCCCGGACAGCUGGGUAUCCCUACGACACACACUGACGAGUCAUUUGAUGCACGCCAGAAUUCUUGACCGACAAUACGUGUGGUUUUUUCACGUAUAAGCUAUAGUAAACGCCCAACUGUAAGACUCUGCCUGAUAGAUUCAGAUGCUGAGGUCGCGAGUCACUCGUUUCCACGAUGGAGUGGAUAACUCAAAGACUAGACUUUCUCAAAAGCGACCUGGGAUCGCUUGAAUUUUCUUCUGAAGGAUCUUUCAAAAUACGGACUGUGAUUUUGCGAAAGGCUGACAAACGCCCGAAUGUCUUGGACUUCACAACAGAAGAUGCAUUUCUCCAAUGGCUAGAAUCGGAGAAGUCACCGCUUGAGUUGCCGGGUUUGGUGCUUGUGAUGCAUCAUAGGCCGAACACGACCGACCCGCGAGGUGCUAGGUCACUGCCAUACGAAGAGAGUACUUUCAAAAAAGUGGCUCAAAAGCUUUAUCAGCACCGUUCACUGUCUCUUCUAUUCAAGAGAGCCUCAACAGCCCUCGUCACUCACAAACCUGUGGCGUGGGAGGGCGGUCUCACACCCUUAGCAUCUACAGUUUACAAUUGCAAGUCUGAUACCGAAAACCCACCGGUCUUGAAUAGUCCAAACGAUGUUGCAUUAUCAGUGACUUCGUUUCCAACUCGUGGCACAGCAUACGCAGUCAUGUACGGCUGUACACAACCCGUCCUUGACUUGACUGUCAAGUGCCUGAAAAAUACUGGAGGACAGGCCUUGCAUCCUCUUAUCAUGCCAGUAAUAUUCGCAGAACUAGAACGCAAACGUCUGUUGGAUUUGCUUGACAUGGAGAAAACAUCGCUCGAACAACGCAUCUUGGAAUUGGAAUCCAAACUUCGAGGUGAAGACCAGAAUUCUAUCUCCGAGAAGGCGGAUUCUGAGCCCGUAUUGCGAACGAGAGAUUGUGAGUCGACCAAACUAUGGAUAGAUGUCAGUAAACUCCAAAAUGGGCUCCAUAGUCUCAGGAUUCAGCUACAGAACAUGGUCGAACACUCUGAAAACCUAGCUGCAACGUAUUAUAAGCCUCCUUCCGAAGACAGCGGUGAGAUUGAUGAACACCUCGAAGUGCGAAGAGCAGGAGCCAAGAUUCAGAUGAGAUUACGCGAGAUCAUUGAUGAGUUGGGAAGCAAGAUCCGAAGCUGCGAAAGUCUCCUUGGCGGCAUGUCACUAGCUGCACAAAUGGAAUCAAACUACUACACGAGACGAGACGCCAAAGUAUCCAUCAUCAUUGCAAAUGCUACGAAGAGAGAUGGCAGCCAGAUGAGAAGCAUCUCACUGCUAGGAAUGAUCUUUCUGCCUGGAACAUUUCUUGCCUCGCUUUUCUCAAUGUCUUUCUUCAAUUGGACCCCCCCAGAUGGCAAUCAAAUCAUCUCCCCAUGGAUUGCCCUCUAUGGUGUCCUUGUAAUCGUGAUCACACUCAUCACUGUCUGGAGUAUGAGAAAGUGGAUGGAAGCAGAAGAGAAGAAAGCUAGAGACCAGAUGGCGAGGGAGGUCAACAGCGAUAGCGACUCUAUUGUGUGAGUUGGGGGUGUGCAGUGUUGCGGGCUUCGGAGAUUUCAAGGCGUCAAGAAUGACUGCAGUGCGGUGCGGAUUGAAUGCGAAUGCUUGAAACAACGAUGGCGAUUGCUGUGGAGGGCCUGGAUUGACGGGCAUUCUGUCCCAGGAUAGUCCGCGAUGUGACCUUUAGAAUUCGAGUAAAAAUGGAUGACCAUCCUUUCGAACUCCAUGAAAGCAUCAGCCCAUAUCACAACAGGAACCGUAUGAAAGAGGUGCAUGUCCGGAUAUGCUCGUUGAAGUCAUU